UGAUCCGGCGCCAGAAACGUGACCACUGUGAUUAAGUGCAUCUUGUGCGUCACUCCACGUGCAUCCCGACCAUCGAACUUGCAGAGUCGUUCAUCCCAGGAGGAUCGAGAGUCACCAGACCAAUCAAGAGUCCAUAUCUGAGCUACUACGGUGCAACCAAAAACCGUCAGACGAUGCGGUUACACAUACAUUUGGUCCUAGCCUGUCUUCUCUUCAAGGGACUGGCCGGCUCCGACGACGUCGAGGUGAUACAGGCCGUUCCUGGAGAAGACAAUCGGAAUGACAAAUCGGCCAUGGAUCGACAGGACACCGAGCUCGGCAGCUCGGACCAGCUGGCCCUCGAGACGACUGGUGAAAACACCGCCGGCGGUGGUCACUACAACACCGGUCAAGUGCGCAAUCAUCCGGGACGUGUCAGUCUUGGCCUUUCCAAUUCCAGGCCUUCUCACAACGUCGCUUAUCACGGACCCCCACCCCCCUUGCCGUCGAAGGGUCAGACCGAGGCUCAGGACAAGAUCUACACCUCCCAUUCUGGAUCCGGGGGCGAUUCCUGGCCGGUAGCAACGCCGGAUAUGCCCAAGAUCAUAUCGCUCGACGUCAAGUGCGAGAAAAACUUGAUGAAGGUCUAUCUCGGGUUCGACCAGCCCUUCUACGGCAUAGUCUUCAGCAAGGGUCACUACAGCAAUGUGAAUUGCGUCCACCUUCCGGCCGGUCUCGGGAGGACCUCGGCCAACUUCGAGAUCAGCAUUCACGCCUGCGGGACGGCUGGUAACACGGAGAACGGACUGUACGGCUAUGGCGCUGAAUCGGGCUCGGGAACAUACUUCGAGAAUAUAAUAGUCGUGCAGUACGAUCCGCAGGUUCAGGAGGUAUGGGACCAGGCCAGGAAGCUACGGUGCACGUGGCACGACCAGUACGAGAAGUCGGUCACCUUCAGGCCCUUUCCAGUCGACAUGCUCGACGUCGUGCGGACCGAUUUCGCCGGCGACAACGUCGGAUGCUGGAUGCAGAUCCAGGUGGGCAAGGGACCCUGGGCCUCCGAGGUAUCCGGCCUGGUCAAGAUCGGCCAGACGAUGACCAUGGUCCUGGCCAUAAAGGACGACGACUCCAAGUUCGACAUGCUGGUCCGUAAUUGCAUGGCUCACGACGGCAAGCGCGCCCCGAUUCAGCUGGUCGAUCAGAAGGGGUGCAUAACCAGGCCCAAGUUGAUGUCCCGUUUCACAAAGAUAAAAAACUUCGGAGCAAGCGCCUCCGUUCUCUCCUACGCGCAUUUCCAGGCGUUCAAGUUCCCCGACUCGAUGGAGGUCCACUUCCAAUGCACCAUUCAGAUAUGCAGGUACCAGUGCCCCGACCAAUGCUCCGAGUCGAAUCUCCUCGACUCCUCGCAGUCGACGUACAUCGAGAACCACCAGGUCAUCCAUCCCGAGUCAGGGUACGGACCGCCGCCUCUUCAUCCGCUUCCUCUCGAGGCCUACCUCCAGGCGACAGCCGGAAGACCGAGGGAUGAACGCAGGAGAAAGUCUCGCGAGGUCGCCGUAAGUCCCGAGAAAGAGGUCGGCGUCAACAGGAUCAUCCGGGUCGUUUCUACCGGCGAUUUAACCUUCGCCAUCGACGAGUCGAGCAACGAUACCGUCGUCGGACCGACGAUGGUAUUUCCGGGAAAGGACCACGCCGUCAAUUCGAGUCUCAUAUGCAUGACGACACCAGGAUUCGCCAUCACGCUCAUCGUACUCCUCGCUAUUUUACUCGUAUCCUUCGCCCUCACGGCUUACGUUUGCCUGCGUUUAAGACCGUUCGGUAAACUACCGAACAAGGGAAUCGUUGGACCUUUCGGUAGUAACGCGCAUAAAAAAACGUCCAAGACUUGCUUUUACUCUUAGGAUAUUCAAGACAACUGCUCUCUUUUCUCCCAAGAGGAAAAAACGAAAAUGCAUAUCUUCGGACGACGCCC